AUGGAUGUAGACGAACAGGGACGGAAAAUCAACAUCCGCAUCCACGCACCAACAAUCGAAUGUCCACCAAAGGUGGAUUUUUACCGCAACUCUAUCGAUGUUGUGCGUCCCUCUAUGGGUCAGCUUAUCCAUGGAAAUAAAGUCGCACCGGAAGAGACUAAGAUCGACUUAGUCAAGGCAUGCCUUCUUGGAACCGUCAUAGUACUAAUAGCUGGUUUUGUGACAUUCAUUAGUGCUAUCUCCAUGAGCGCGAUUUGCACAAAUGGAGUUGUCAAAGGAGGCGGCGCCUAUUUUUUGAUAUCGCGUUCUCUCGGUCCCGAGUUUGGUGGCUCAAUAGGCAUAAUUUAUUCUAUAGCCAACGCUAUUGCUGCAGCAAUGUAUGUCGUUGGCUUUGGUGAGACACUACGAGAUGUGCUCAAAGAGCACGAUGCCAUGUUCGCUUCGGAUUUGUGGGUUGUGCGGAUAGUAGGAUGGGGUAUGUUAUAUGAAGAUCAUGUAGUGACGUUGCAU